AUGGAGGUGCAAAAAAAGAAGAGUACUCUCGAGCAUCGUCGUGCGCAGAAUCGCUUGGCUCAACGCAGGUUCCGCCAACGUCAAAGCCAGCAGAAGGCCAACGCAGAUCGACCACCGCAGCAGACGCAAACCCUUGAGCCACCUUUAUCGGCGACCAACGAUCCAUCUGAUCUUUUCGAUUUCUCGGGACCCAGGUCGACACACCAGAGCCCUGUCAAAUCCCCUCCCGGCUUUGGCGUCAACUGCCUACAAGGCGGCGCCAAUGGACUGAUUGGUAUCCAAAACUUUACAAAUAUGGACGACUUGAUGGGCCCUACCCUGUCAAGUCUCCUUGCAGGCCCGUCACCGGGAAUAUCUAAUACCGAUCCCGCUGAGUAUACCCUCUUUGGCAGCGAUCGAGACUCCAUUCCCAAUCAUCCAGGUUCCCUAUCAACCACAGUCGGCAGCAGAAGCACUUACAAAACAACACCAGGCAUCUUCAACACAAACUUCCUACCGAAACCGCUAACAAAUCACUCAACACCUGCCAGUGCUAGGGGCGCCAGCGCACUCCCACAUGGGACAGCAGAACCCCACAACGCAGACUCGGGCUGGCUAUCUGCACUUCACAUAGCCGCACAGAAGGGUCACUAUCGGAUCAUGCGCAUGCUGCUCGAGCAGGAUAUUGACUGCAAUGAGAUAGACGGCAAUGGAAUGACGCCCUUAAUCCACGCGACGAUCGGCGGCUACGAAGAUGUCGUCACGUUGCUUCUCACGCAUGGGGCACGCAUAGACCAGGUUGACUGCCAGGAUCGCUCGGCGCUGCAUUUCGCAGUUAAUCAUCGCCGUGAGGCCAUAUUGAAGAUUCUACUGGAUCAUUGCGUGGGCGACCGGGGGCUCAUCGAUGCUUAUGAUAGUGGCGGACGCACGCCGCUGCAUAUUGCGGUCGAUACUGGGUUUGAGGCGGGCGUGCAGGCCCUCGUGCAGCGUGGGGCCAGUGUACGUUACAGGACUAGGAAGACGCUUCCAGUCCCAUAG